AUGUCUCAUCCGGGUAGUGGCAAUCAGAAGUCUGGUGGUGGUGCAGAGGCCCAUGCCCGAUUCAAACAAUAUGAAUAUCGGGCAAACUCGAGCCUUGUUUUGACUACCGACUCUCGCCCCCGCGACACCCAUGAGCCCACCGGGGAGCCAGAGUCUCUUUGGGGGAAAAUAGACCCUAAAUCCUUCGGUGAUCGGGCUUACAGGGAUAAACCUCCUGAAUUAGAGGAGAAACUCAAGAAGUCCAAAAAGAAAAAGGACCGUGAACCAGUUUUUGAAACUGCUGCCCCUAAGAGCAAGAGGAGACGCCUUCAAGAGGAAAGUGUUCUCACUUCUACGGAGGAAGGGGUUUAUCAACCUAAGACUAAAGAGACCAGGGCUGCGUAUGAGGCCAUGCUCAGUGUUAUUCAGCAGCAGCUGGGUGGGCAGCCUCUGAAUAUUGUCAGUGGGGCUGCUGAUGAGAUCUUAGCAGUUCUAAAAAAUGAGAGCAUCAAGACUUCUGACAAGAAGAAGGAAAUUGAAAAGCUUUUGAACCCCAUCCAAAACCAUAUAUUUGAUCAGUUAGUGUCCAUUGGUAGGCUCAUUACCGAUUAUCAAGAUGGCGGUGAUGGAGGCGAUGCUGCUGUUAACGGUGAUGAUGCCCUUGAUGAUGAUGUUGGAGUUGCUGUUGAGUUUGAGGAGAACGAAGAGGAGGAGGAAGAGAGUGAUCUGGAUAUGGUACCAGAGGAUGAUGAGGAGGAAGAUGACGUGAUGGAAGCAGAUGGUGCUGGUGGUAUGCAGAUGGGCGGUGGGAUUGAUGAUGAUGAGGGAAAUGAAGCUAAAGAGGGAAUGACCUUAAAUGUUCAGGACAUUGAUGCUUAUUGGCUUCAAAGGAAGAUUUCACAGGCCUAUGAUCAGCAGAUUGAUCCGCAGCAGAGUCAGAGGCUUGCAGAAGAGGUUCUUAAAAUUCUUGCUGAAGGUGAUGAUCGUGAAGUCGAGACCAAGCUGUUGGUGCAUCUGCAAUUCGAUAAGUUUAGUCUCAUCAAGUAUUUGUUGCGAAACCGAUUGAAGGUUGUUUGGUGUACCCGCUUGGCUAGGGCAGAAGAUCAAGAGGAGAGGAAGAAGAUUGAAGAGGAAAUGAUUGGGUUGGGACCAGAUCAUGCUGCAAUUCUGGAGCAGUUGCAUGCUACUAGGGCGACUGCGAAAGAGAGGCAGAAGAACUUGGAAAAAAGCAUUAGGGAAGAGGCUCGACGGCUGAAAGAUGAGACUGGUGAAGAUGGUGUCCGAGAACGCAGGGGGUUUGCUGAUAGAGAUGCUGAUGGUGCUUGGUUGAAAGGGCAGGGGCAAAUACUUGAUCUUGACAGCCUUGCAUUUCACCAAGGUGGUUUGCUAAUGGCAAAUAGGAAGUGUGAGCUGCCAGUGGGAUCUUAUAGAAAUCAUAAGAAAGGUUACGAAGAAGUUCAUGUACCUGCUUUGAAGCCAAAGCCAUUGGCUGCGGGUGAAAAACUUGUAAAGAUAUCUGAAAUGCCGGACUGGGCACAAGCAGCUUUUGAAGGGAUGAGAGAGUUGAACAGGGUCCAAAGUAAAGUUUAUGAAACUGCUCUCUUCAGUGCAGAAAAUGUCUUAUUAUGUGCACCUACUGGGUCAGGAAAGACCAAUGUUGCCAUGCUCACCAUACUUCAGCAGCUUGCAUUGAAUAUGAAUGAAGAUGGGACUAUUGAUCAUAGUAAAUAUAAGAUUGUCUAUGUGGCACCAAUGAAGGCACUGGUCGCUGAAGUGGUAGGCAAUCUUUCUAAUCGGCUACAAAAAUAUGGUGUCCAGGUUAAAGAGCUGAGUGGAGACCAAACACUGACUCGUCAACAAAUUGAAGAAACUCAGAUUAUAGUGACAACCCCUGAGAAGUGGGAUAUUAUCACCAGAAAAUCAGGUGAUCGCACCUAUACCCAGCUUGUGAAGCUUCUCAUCAUUGACGAGAUUCAUCUUCUGCAUGAUAAUAGAGGUCCUGUGCUGGAAAGUAUUGUUGCGAGAACUGUUCGACAAGUUGAAACCACAAAGGAGCAUAUUCGUCUGGUUGGAUUAUCAGCUACACUCCCUAAUUAUGAAGACGUGGCUAUAUUUUUACGAGUUAACUUAGAUAAAGGGCUCUUCCAUUUUGACAAUAGCUACAGACCUGUCCCUCUGGCUCAGCAGUAUAUAGGGAUCACAGUUAAGAAGCCACUACAGAGGUUUCAACUGAUGAAUGAUGUGUGCUAUGAAAAGGUGAUCAGUGUUGCUGGAAAGCAUCAGGUGCUCAUAUUUGUGCACUCGAGAAAGGAGACAGCCAAAACAGCUCGUGCAAUUAGAGAUGCUGCCCUUGCUAAUGACACUCUUGCAAAAUUCUUGAAAGAGGAUAGUGCCAGCCGUGAGCUUCUUCAGAAUCAAACGGAACUAGUGAAGAACAGCGAUCUUAAGGACCUAUUGCCAUAUGGAUUUGCAAUACAUCAUGCUGGGAUGGUUAGAACUGAUCGUGAAAUUGUUGAGGACUUGUUUACUGAUAACCACAUACAAGUGUUGGUUUCUACUGCAACUCUAGCUUGGGGUGUCAAUUUGCCAGCUCACGUUGUAAUUAUUAAAGGCACUCAAAUUUACAAUCCUGAGAAAGGAGCAUGGACUGAAUUGAGCCCUCUAGAUGUUAUGCAGAUGCUUGGUCGUGCUGGAAGGCCUCAAUAUGACACCUAUGGGGAAGGAAUUAUUAUAACUGGACAUAGUGAACUACAGUAUUAUCUUUCUUUGAUGAAUCAGCAGCUUCCCAUCGAAAGUCAGUUUGUGUCUAAAUUGGCUGAUCAGUUGAAUGCAGAAAUCGUUCUGGGAACUGUGCAGAAUGCUAGGGAAGCAUGCAAAUGGCUUGUAUAUACUUAUCUUUGUGUUCGCAUGCUACGCAAUCCUACUCUCUAUGGUUUGGCACCUGAUGUUGUGGCCAGAGAUCCAACCUUGGAGGAAAGGAGAGCUGAUCUCAUUCAUUCAGCUGCGAUUUUACUGGACAAGAAUAAUCUGGUAAAGUAUGACAGGAAAAGUGGAUAUUUCCAAGUUACUGAUUUGGGACGCAUUGCCAGCUACUACUAUAUAACCCACGGAACAAUAUCUACGUACAAUGAGCAUUUGAAGCCAACCAUGGGUGAUAUUGAACUCUGUCGUCUCUUCUCCCUCAGUGAAGAGUUCAAAUAUGUAACUGUGAGACAGGAUGAGAAGAUGGAGCUAGCAAAGCUUUUAGACCGCGUUCCCAUACCGAUCAAAGAGAGUCUCGAGGAGCCUAGUGCCAAGAUUAAUGUUUUACUCCAAGCUUAUAUUUCACAGUUGAAGCUUGAAGGACUGUCUUUGACAUCUGACAUGGUAUUCAUUACUCAGAGUGCUGGACGUCUGAUGAGAGCACUAUUUGAGAUCGUUCUAAAACGAGGAUGGGCCCAGUUGGCUGAGAAGGCUUUAAAAUUGUGCAAAAUGAUAGGCAAGAGGAUGUGGAGUGUGCAGACACCUCUACGUCAAUUCCGUGGAAUUCCAAACGAAAUUUUGAUGAAGUUGGAGAAGAAAGAUCUAGCUUGGGAAAGGUAUUAUGAUCUCUCUUCACAGGAGAUUGGGGAAUUGAUUCGUUUUCCUAAGAUGGGAAGAACACUUCACAAGUUUAUUCAUCAGUUUCCGAAGCUUAACCUGGCAGCACAUGUUCAACCAAUUACUCGCUCGGUUUUGAGAGUUGAACUAACCAUUACACCGGAUUUCCAGUGGGAUGACAAGGUCCAUGGUUAUGUGGAGCCCUUUUGGGUUAUUGUGGAGGACAAUGAUGGGGAAUUUAUUCUUCAUCAUGAAUAUUUCAUGUUGAAGAAACAGUACAUUGAUGAAGAUCACACUUUGAUUUUCACUGUUCCCAUAUAUGAGCCACUGCCUCCUCAGUACUUCAUUCAUGUUGUGUCAGAUAGAUGGCUGGGGUCACAGACAGUUUUGCCUGUUUCUUUUAGGCAUCUUAUUUUACCGGAAAAGUAUCCUCCUCCCACAGAGCUAUUGGAUUUGCAACCCCUUCCUGUGACCGCGUUAAGAAACCCAGCAUUUGAAGCCCUUUACCAACAGUUUAAACAUUUUAAUCCUGUACAGACCCAGGUUUUUACCAUCUUGUACAACUCAGAUGACAAUGUCUUGGUUGCAGCACCAACUGGCAGUGGGAAGACCAUAUGUGCAGAAUUUGCCAUUCUAAGGAAUUAUCAGAAAGGACCUGAAAGUGUCAUGCGUGCUGUCUAUAUUGCUCCUAUUGAAGCUCUUGCAAAGGAACGGUACCAAGAUUGGAAGAGAAAGUUUGGAGAGGGUCUUGGGAUUAGAGUGGUCGAGUUAACCGGAGAAACAGCAACAGAUAUGAAACUUCUUGAGAAGGGUCAAAUUAUUGUCAGCACUCCUGAAAAAUGGGAUGCUUUAUCUCGUCGAUGGAAACAGCGAAAGCAUGUUCAGCAGGUCAGUCUCUUCAUUGUUGACGAGCUCCAUCUGAUUGAGGGGCAAGGUGGUCCUGUCUUGGAGGUCAUAGUCUCUAGGAUGAGAUACAUUGCUAGUCAGCAAGAAAACAAAAUUCGUAUUGUCGCUUUGUCAACUUCUCUUGCAAAUGCCAAGGAUUUGGGGGAAUGGAUUGGUGCCACGUCACAUGGUCUUUUUAAUUUUCAUCCUACCGUGAGGCCCGUGCCUCUUGAAAUUCACAUCCUGGGUGUUGAUAUUGCUAAUUUUGAAGCAAGGAUGCAAGCCAUGACAAAGCCUACGUAUACUGCAAUUGUUCAACAUGCCAAGAACGGGAAACCUGCAAUAGUAUUUGUUCCUACCAGGAAGCAUGCACGCCUCACUGCUGUGGAUCUCAUGUCUUACUCGAGUGUGGAUAGUGAAGAAAAACCAAUGUUCUUAUUACAGUCUGAAGAGCUGGAGCCUUUUGUUGCCAGGAUCAAGGAACCUAUGUUGAAGGAGACAAUACAAUUUGGUGUAGGUUAUUUGCACGAGGGAUUGACCAGUACAGAUCAAGAUAUAGUGAAGACACUGUUUGAAACUGGAUGGAUUCAAGUAUGUGUUAUGAGCAGUUCAAUGUGUUGGGGAGUGCCUCUGUCUGCACAUCUGGUUGUGGUUAUGGGAACACAAUACUAUGAUGGCAGGGAAAAUGCUCACACUGAUUACUCAGUCACUGAUUUAUUGCAAAUGAUGGGUCAUGCCAGUCGACCUCUUGUUGAUAACUGUGGAAAGUGUGUCAUCCUUUGCCAUGCACCACGUAAGGAUUACUAUAGAAAGUUCUUGGAUGAAGCAUUUCCAGUUGAAAGCCAUUUGCAUCAUUAUCUGCAUGAUAAUCUAAAUGCGGAGGUGGUUGUGGGAGUUAUUCAGAACAAGCAAGAUGCUGUGGACUACCUUACUUGGACAUUUUUAUAUCGAAGGCUCACUCAGAAUCCAAACUACUAUAAUCUUCAGGGUGUUAGUCACAGACAUCUCUCUGAUCAUCUCUCAGAACUCGUGGAGAACACACUGAGUGAUCUGGAAGCAAGUAAAUGUGUUGCCAUUGAAGAUGACUAUUUGCUUUCACCUUUGAAUCUUGGCAUGAUAGCAUCUUAUUAUUAUAUCAGCUACACAACAAUUGAACGUUUCAGUUCAUCUCUGACAUCUAAAACAAAGUUGAAGGGUCUGCUGGAAAUUUUGGCUUCAGCUUCAGAGUAUGAACUUCUCCCUAUUCGACCUGGUGAAGAAGAGCUGAUAAGAAGGUUAAUCAAUCACCAGCGAUUCUCCUUUGAGAACCCGAAGUUCAGUGAUCCACAUGUGAAGGCAAAUGCUCUUUUACAAGGUCAUUUCUCCAGGCAACUAAUUGGUGGAAAUCUGGCUUCUGACCAGCAAGAGGUACUCAUUUCUUCUAGCAGGUUGCUUCAAGCCAUGGUUGAUGUUAUUUCUAGUAGUGGAUGGCUUAGCCUCGCCCUUCUUGCCAUGGAAGUAAGCCAGAUGGUAACCCAGGGAAUGUGGGAGCGUGAUUCUAUGCUUCUUCAGCUUCCACAUUUCACAAAAGAGUUAGCCAAGAAGUGUCAGGAGAAUCCAGGUAAGAGAAUCGAGACUGUCUUUGAUCUGGUGGAAAUGGAGGAUGAUGAAAGGCGGGAGCUAUUACAAAUGCCAGACACACAGUUGAUAGAUAUUGCUAGGUUUUGUAACCGUUUUCCAAACAUUGACCUGAAUUAUGACGUGCUGGAUAGUGAUAAUGUGAGAGUUGGAGAAGAAGUUAGUGUGCAUGUAACCCUUGAACGAGAUCUUGAAGGGAGGACGGAGGUCGGGCCUGUUGAUUCUCCUAGAUACCCCAAAGCCAAAGAAGAAGGGUGGUGGCUUGUGGUUGGUGAUACUAAAACUAAUCAGUUGCUUGCCAUCAAAAGGGUUACACUCCAGAGGAGGUCCAGAGUCAAACUUGAUUUUACUGCUCCUGCAGAAGCUGGAAAGAAGACGUACACACUAUAUUUUAUGUGUGAUUCUUAUUUGGGGUGUGACCAGGAGUACAGCUUCACAGUUGAUUGGUUGAGUAUUAAUGUUGGGAGCUCAAGGUUGUGA